GGAGCAGAAGUGACGUGGUCUCCACACCCACAACAUUUCCCAACAUGCCGAAAAGAAAGAGGAAGACCAAAACACUUCACUUUCAGCUGCUUUCUGCCUCGAAACUGGGUAAAGUCACGGUUUUCUCCUUCACAUUACACAGAGGACAGCAGCAGAAAUGGCCUGAGCUCUGAGAGGAGGACUGGGUGUGUUUAGACGUCGUGACGAACUGCAGAGUUUUUUGGACGAACUUCUGGUCACAGUUCUGAGGAAAAGCAACAACAGCACGCCUAAAACUCAAAGGGACUUGAUUUACAGCUGAAGGAGCAGAAAUAUUAACUUCUGUAGGAGAGAUCACACAUGUUCCGAAGCGAAAAGGCGCCUGUGGUCCCACCGGGGCCCACCCCGCAGGAACUGAAUAAAUCAAUCAGAUCCAACCCACCCAAAGAGACACAAAUAGACCCCAAAGCACAGACGUCAGGGAUGAUGGGUAUGCUGGAAAAGAUGAAUCCGUUCAGAUCUUCCCCUCAGGGAAGGAAAGAUGAGACUUCCAGACAGCGCACUGUAGAGGAGAGUUCCUUAUCAGUGAGUAGAUCUUCAGUCUCUGGCGAAAGUAAAGAGGCCAAAGUCAUCGAGGCGAAUCAGAACACCGGCAUGAUAAGUGGAUUCAUUCAGAUGGUCAACCCAUUCAAGUCAUCUUCACAGGGAAGGAAAGAAGAGACUUCCACACAGCGCACUGUAGAGGAGAGAUCUGAAUCAAGCAGUCAGACUUCUGCAACUGGAAACAGUGGUGAGGAUAAAGCCACUGGAGAAGGACAGAACCCUGGACUGGUUAUGGGACUGAUUCAGAAAGUAAACCCAUUCAGGUCUUCACAGAACCCAGACAAUGACGAUUCCACCCAAAACACAGAUGGGAACGAGAAGGAGGCAUUGAAGGAGGCAUUGAAGGAGUCUGAAUCAGAGGCCAUGUUACCUUCAACCCAGAAAAACAAGGAUUUAGCAACAACUGAGGGAGGUGCAUUAGGAUCCACUACACACACCGAACCCAGUUCUCACAAGGUGCUUGGCUUUGAGUGGAACCAUUUCAAGAAAGACUCUGUUGAGAUUCCCACUGCGGCAGAACCGUCGGUACCGAGUGAAGGCAGUCCUCAGCAGUCUGAUGAUGAUGAAGACUUCUUAUUGGAAUGGUGGGGGACUGUGGAAGGUUGGAAUGAAUGGAACGAGUCUACAAACUUUGAUGGAGAAGAUGCAGAGCAAGCUGUAGAAGCUGCUGCUGACCGUGUUUUCAUGGCUGCCCGUCUGUUCGUCCAUCUCUUCAACCAGCGGGAGGCGUCGCUGCAUCAACGCGUUUUGGAGAUGCUGGCCUUGGCUGACGCAGCGGACAGCUUCCAUAAGAAAACAGUGACGGCUAGUGUUGGAGGAGGAGUAGCUAGUGUAGCUGGUAGCAUCACUACCAUCACGGGAUUAGCGCUGGCGCCGUUUACGUUUGGAACAUCAUUGAUCGUAACAGCGGUGGGAAUUGGCGUGGCGACAGCAGGGGGCAUUACAUCAGCCUCUGCAAACAUUACAGAUACGAUGCACUCGAGGACUGACCGAGCAAAAGUGGAGCAGAUCAUCCUGGGCUACCAGGAGGAGAUCAAUGACAUUAAAGAAUGCCUUCAGUUCCUGCAGGCUGGUAUGGAGACUCUGGAGGAGUGGAACUUCGAGCAGUACAUGGACAGCAUCUCAAAGCGUGCCAUGAACAGGAACGUGAAGCAUGUCAUGAAGGAGGGUGGCAGAGCAGGCAAGGCGCUCCUCAUCAACACAGAGAGUUUGGUCAGUACUGUGCAGGUGCUGGGGGCGGCCGGCGGAGCAGCCAAAGCUGCCCAGGCCAUCACUGUGGCCAGCGGGGUGAUGUCUGGCCUCUUCCUGGCCCUGGAUGUCUUCUUCCUGGCCAAAGACUCCAUGGAGCUGCGCAAGGGGGCCAAGACAGAGUUUGCGGCCAAGAUCAGAGACGUGUGCAAGGAGCUGCAGGAUGGGCUUCUCGAACUGAGGAAGAUCAAAGAACAGCUGGAGGCAAUUAUGGAAGAUGCUGAGGAAGAGGAGGAGGAGGAGGAAGAAGAUGGUGAUGCUGAGGAGGAAGAAGAAGGAGAAGAAGAGGAAGGAAGGUCUGAGGUAGACCCAAAGAAACCAAAUGAUUGAACACUGUAGUGGACUGUAGAUGAAAAGAGAAGGUAAAUGGGUUGACUAGCAAGGAGUUCCAGCUAGCAGGAAUGCUUUUAGUGUUUUUAGUGAGGAGACAUGAACUGUGCAUAGAGACUUUAAGCUAACAAUUGUAUGCAUGAUUCAUAACUUCUAAACUUUAAUGCACAUUUCUUCCGAGUUGAUGCUGGGGUAGACUUUACAUUCUUAGAGCUUACAUUUGGGAUCAAAGGUGUAUUUCAUUGUAAUAUAAUUAUAUUUAUAUAUAUUAUAUAUUAUGUAUUUCACAUAUUGGAUGUAUUUUAAUGAGGGAGACUCUAUCCCUUCUAGACGCACAUAUUCUGGCUUCUGACUGACUUAAAGAUGCGAAAGUUUGUAUUUAUUUUGUAGGAAGAGACAAAAGACCGUUGAGUCCAUUGAAGGCACUGGCAACUGGGAGUCGUUGGCUACAAAGUUGAAGUUAGUCUUCUAAUGAUGCCCCCA